ACACACACACACACACCCAUCGAAUGGUUGUUAUCUGCGACCAAGGUUUAGAAACCAACACACGCUCAUUUUUCUCCCUUCUUUCUUUAUACCUCUCUUUUUUGUUCCUAGAAAACAACACUUGUCGUGCCUACGAUCAAUCACUUUCUUGAAGCAUCUUGGACCGAGCUUUGGGUGAUCACCGUCGUCGCUCCAGUAUACCAUGGUCUUGUCUAUCGCUCUUUUCGCUCUUUUCGCUCUUUUUUUUUACACGCAUCUUCUCUUGCAAAGCAACCCUUCCCGAACCGAAACUGUACGUGCAUGCAGUUCUCUCUUCCUUUCUUUCUUUUUUCUCUCCUGUGUUCAAUAUGGGGUUGUGCUGGUUUAUAUUUUUUCUUUUAGUAACGGGGGGCUUCUUACUCGAACUCGAUUUGGUUUGUACGUACAUUAUACGUACAAACGUAAACAAAAACGUAUGAAGCGCAACUGCGGGGAGUUAAUUUCCAUUUCUUCUCUCUCGAUUCUCUCUCGCAUUGUUCUCUCAGCUCUUGGUAGCUCCAGUAGUUUUCGCUCCCUCGUUAUAUAUCUAUACAAGUAACCCCACAACCAGCUGGUUCUCCAUCACA